CUCAUGGCUGGCGGGGGAAUUCUGGGAGUUGAAGUCCAUACAUCUUAAAGUGAGAAAUGCUAGUUUAUGGGACCAGGAGGCUGCGUCCUAAUGAUAACCCCUCCGAGAGAAGAAGCUCUCAGUGCCUGUCAUUCUGAUGAACUUCAUCUGAUUAACUGAAAAACCGAACUCAUACUUUUACGCGCUCAAAUUUGAGAUCCGGAAGAAGGUGUCUGUCCGCAAGAACUACGGGAGCUGCUGGGGAUCUUUAGAAACAUGGCGGCCGCCGUAGUUGUUGCGGCCCAGAGAGUUUGCAAUGCCGGGAUCCUUAGGACCGCGUGCAGAGGUUAUGCUUUGAUUUCAAAUCAUGGAAUCAGUUGCCAGUAUGCUGCCUUGGCAUGGACAUUUCAGACACAUUGCAACAUUUCUGCAUCAUAUAAUGUGACAGUGCAGCAGCGGAGGCAGAGAAGCUUUUUCAAUAAAUUGACAGCCCACCAACUCUGGAAAGGAGUUGCAGCAGAGAAUACUGCAGGUGGAAGGAAAGGGCGAGGCAAGCGAGGCAAGCAGAAAAGAACGAGGGAUCUCAACAGAGGCCAGGUCCUUGGCGAAGGAAAAAUUGGUUUCCUUUGGCCUGGCCUCAAUGCUCCAUUGAUGGUAUCUGGAAAAGUUCAAAGCAUUACUCAAAGAGAUGAAGAAGACCAGAAGGCUUUGCAGCUAGCAAAAGCUGAGGAACAAAAGCAACUAGACAAAAGAAAGAGAAUACGGAUUAAGAAGGAAAGAGGUUGGACUGGACGAUCCUGGGGAGGUGUCAGUUUAGGACCUCCAGAUCCUGGUCCCAAUGGAGAAACAUUUGAAGAUUUUGAUAGCAGAGUACUUGAGCUAAGAUCUGUAUUUAACAUGACUUCAAAUGAAGGCCGAAAAAGAUCCAUGAGGGCCCUUGUAGCUGUUGGCAAUGGAAAAGGAUCCGCUGGUUUUGCUCUAGGAAAAGCAUCUCACAUGAAGAAUGCACUAAGAAAAGCAAAGAACAAAGCUAUUCGCCAUUUACAGUAUGUUGAAAGAUAUGAAGAUCAUACAAUUUAUCAUGAUACUACAACCACUUUUAAGAAAACAACAAUUCGGAUGAAGAAGCAAAACAAAGGAUAUGGACUUCGCUGUCACCGUGCUAUCAUUACACUCUGCAAACUGAUUGGGGUUAAAGACAUGUAUGCCAGGGUUUAUGGAUCAAGGAAUAUACUGAACCUCACCACAUGUCUCUUUAAGGGAUUAGCUAAUCAGGAAACUCAUCAAAACCUAGCAAACAAGAAGAAGCUCUAUGUGAUAGAAUUCCGUGAAGAAUGUGGCCCGCUGCCCAUUGUUGUUGCAAAGCCUAAUGGACCAGUCAGAGAAGAUCCUGAAUCAGAAGAAGUAGCUCUUGAUGUCAAACUGGAAUGGAAAGAAGUGAAGGCAGAACAGGGAAUGAAGAGUAAAUGGGCUGAUGUCAAAAGAGCAGUUUGGUAGAUUUGGGGAGUAUUUAGAUAUAAAAAUUAAAGAAGAUCCAGCAUAAUUGUAUAAUAAGGCAAUAUUUAUUUCCACAUGAAGUGAAAACAUGUUCUUAUUGCUUGCCUUGAUUAUUGCAAUCCUUAUAAUUUAGUCAUUCAAAACAAUGUAGCCAACUUUCUUCAGUUGGUAUCUAUUUAAAAUGCAAUCAUUUUGCGAUAUGCAGGCUGUUACGGAAAAGAUAUUUACAAAAUCUCUUGACAGGAAAAUGAAUCUUUUCCCAAAUAACUGGAGAAGACAAUAGUAUGGAAAAAUAAAGUUGUAACUGAA